GCGUCGUUGUAAUAUCUAUAGCGAUUUGCUGAAGUAUUUACAUAUUGUGCACAAUGUGUCCUUGUCAAUUUUCAAUUUUUUCACUGUCAUUGCCGGGCUACCGACGAUUUGAUCGUUUCAACAACACAUGAGAUGUGAUAGCGCGCCAUGCAAAAACAUGGACAAAGAGGGUCCUUCUGUCGGUUGAUGCAGAGUUCAUCAGAUGCGUCAGCCGUGGCGUGUAACGAGCUACAGCAGACUGUAAAUAAAAGUAAACUCACCGGGAAAAGGCUGCAAAAUCUCAAACACUCUUUCCCCCUUCUUUUUUUCCUUGGGGUCUCUCCCGACUUUCCUUUUCCUGCCAACUCAUACAACAACCUAGACACGCCCAAGCCGCCGCCAAGGCUGACUUACAUAAUCAUUUCGGUUGGUCGAAAAUCCAACCGCCCGUCACACAGCACUCAGCGCUCGGUCCAAGCAGCCUGCCUUUCCAGACCGUCAACCACCAGCCACGCCGCCAUCUCGACCGCCGCGGCACCGAUUGAACCGUCAGGGGCAGAUUGCAGGUGCCGGAUCGCACCACCAACUCGGCGACACGCGCGUUUCCAACCUCAUCCCCGCGACCGCGACACGCACCCCCCUCCCCGGACCUAGAGCGCACACCAGAGCCUCAGGGCCAUCCGCUGACGUGUGUGCUGGGCUCCUCGUCGCUUGUAUAACAUUGCCUAAAGUACUAUUGCUUUCAUUGCAUUCGCCACGGCCAACGCCCCUUUAACCGAGAUACCCAUCUGCCCGCCGACACCUGCCCGCAGACACCUGCCCGGCUCGCCUUUACUACUCCCAGCCCCCCAGGCCGCCCGAGCGCGACGAAACGGAAAUCCAUACUCGUCCAAGCCCGCGCCGACAUCCUUCCUGCGACCCCUACGCCACCCAAGUUCUUGAAAGAAGGAAAGGGACGGAAAGACGACGGGGAAAACGCGGCCACCGCUCGCAAGAAUGAACCAACAUGGCGCCCAGCAGGGCCAGCCGGCGCCCGGCCCGCCGCAGAACCCCCCCAUGUACCGGCCCGAGCAGAUGCUCGGCCUGACCGUCCUUAGGCAGGAGGAUAAGGAGAAGUACGAGAAGGGACUGCGCCAGCUGUGGAACCUGUUCGAGUCGGAGCCCGAGGGGUCUCCCAGCAAGCUGCAGGCCAAGAAGAAGAUCCAGGAUUUCGGCCUGAUGCUGCACACGAAGCUGCGCAACAUUCGGCAGCAACAACAGCAAGCCCAAGCCCAGGCUCAGGCCCAAGCUCAAGGUCAGGGGCAGAAUCCAGGGCAAGCUCAACAGCAAGCCCAGCUGCAGCAGCAGGCCCAACUCCAGGCACAGCAGCAGGCACAGCAGCAGGCACAGCAGCAGGCCCAACAACAUGCCCAACAGCAACAACAGAUGCAGAACCGACAGAACAUGCAGGGGCAGCAACCGCAGUUACAGCAGCAACAGAUGUCUCCGAACCAGCAGCGCGUCGGAGCUACGCAGGCGGUUCCCGGUGCCGGUCCUGGAGUGGCUGCCCCUGCACAGCAGGGAGCGCCGGCGCAGGCGGCCAACGGCGCAAUGCGCAUCCCCGAUAGCAUCAUCGCGCACGUCAGCAAGAUGUCGUUCCAUUGUCAUUCCAGCAUCUUGGAGAAGGGGCCCGAAUUUGUGAACAAGUGGCGACAAGACAUGAAGAAGAAGUACGCAAACGCGCUAUGGCAGAUGGAGCAAGCAAACUUGACGCUCAAGAAGAUCGACCAGACCAUCAAGGACCGCAAAGAGAAGAACAACCCGCUGUCCGCUGACGAGACGAAGAUCUUCACGGAACGCAGGACAAAGUGCGAAGCCUCUUACCAAGAAGCAAGUCGCUACGUGACAAGCUUUAGGAGACAGCAGGAGAUGUUCGAGCAACAGCAGCGGGCAGCGGCCGGCCAGCAGACUGCUGCCGGCGCGGGGGCGAAUCCUGGUGCUGCGGGAACUCCGGCCCGGAUGCCGCAGGGGCAGCCGGCCGCAGGGCAGCAGCCGGGGCAAGCCGUGACGAUGCAGAACGUCCAGGCAAACAUCAAUGGCGCCUUUGAGGCCGCCAAGAACCAGCAGAUGACAGGCAUGGGACGGGGUGGUCUGCCCGGAGGCGUCGGCGCCCAGGGCCCUCAACCGCCUUUGCCCCAGCAGCAGCAACAGCAGCAGCAGCAGCAACCGCAGCAGCCCCAGGCUCACCCGCCGCUCAACCCGGGCGCGCCUGCUGGAUCCCCGAUGGCCCAGGCGCCACCGCCACUGCCUGGUCAGCAGCAUAUCAAGCUGGAGCCCGGGACCCAGCAACAGCACCCACCGCCCCACCCCCCACCCGUCAACACGGCCCUCACGGCUGCCGCGGCGGCGCAGGGCAUCCCGUCAUCGGCUGGCGCGCCCACGCAAAACCAGGCCCGCGGGCUCCACACGCCCCAGUCCGCGACUCCUACCACGACCCAGCCACGGCCACUUACCCAUGCAGCUGCCGUCAACCUUGCCAGCCGCCACAGCUCUUCGACCUCGGUCCCGACCUUGACGCCGCAACAGCAGCAGCAAGCCCAACAACAGCAGCAGCAGGCUCAGCAGCAAGCCCAACAACAGCAGGCUCAGCAACAAGCACAGCAGCAACAAGCACAACAACAGCAUCAACAACAACAACAGCAGAUGCAGCAACAGGCAGCCCUCGGCGCCAACGGUAUCGGAACGCCAACUGCGACUAGCGCCGGCGGCGUCAUUGGCACUGUGCCUCCGCAGCAGCAGCCCGCGCCGCACCAACAGCAACAGCAGAACGGCGCAGGUCAUCCGCACGCGCAUCCGAGCCACCAACAAGGGCCGCCGCCGCACCGACACCCGAUCGCCAAGCAGCUUCCCGAAAAGCUCCAGCAGACGCCGCAGGCAGUCGCCAUGACGGGCGGAUUGGGACCUGGCCGCCCGACUAUGACAGGCGGAGGUGCAAUCCCCGGUGGUGUACUUAAUCAGCCGGUCCUGACCAAGCAUCAGCCCGGAACUAUAGUGUCCGAGGCGGACGGAGACCGGGUGUUGAGCAAGAAGAAGCUCGACGAGCUCGUGAGGCAGGUCUGUGGAGGCACGGCCGAGAGCCUGGACGGCAAUAUCCUGACUCCCGAGGUCGAGGAGUCCGUCCUCAACCUGGCCGACUCGUUCGUCGACCACGUGCUACACACGGCCUGCCGCAACGCCAAGGAGCGCGGGUCCAAGGUGCUCGAGAUCCGCGACAUCCAGCUCGUGUUGGAGCGCACCUACAACAUCCGCAUCCCCGGCUACUCGGCCGACGAGCUGCGCACGGUGCGCAAGGUCCAGCCGUCGGCCGCGUGGAUCUCCAAGAUGAGCGCCGUGCAGGCCGCAAAGGUGAUGCCCGGUAAGGAUGGCAUGUGAGAGGGACCGACUCGGGUGGAAACCUUGUCAUCCGAUUUGAUUUCCUAAACUGCAUCCCGCCUAGUUAGACAGCCACUUACACUUUUUCCUCCUUUCUUCUCUUUUCCCUUUUUUUUUUUUUUUGCCGUCAAGAUUUCAAAACCCUUCUACGCAUGAUACCGAGGAGGCGAACCGGCGUUUGGGCUACGGGUGGUUAUGGAAAGCGUGAGGGAUCACAAUCGGGGCAGUCCUUCCGCUCUUCUCUGUUUAUUAUUUAUUAUUUGGUGCUCCCUUCUCCGUACGUUCGGGGAAAAUGGUUAAUGAAUGGUGGUGGUCUUGAUUACUACUCAUCCUCGGCUUGUUCGCUUCAUAUGUGAACCUUCCCAGCAGCUGAAGAACUGGGGUUCGACGUGUAAUUCAUACGUACCAAAGUACCUAGUUAGUGAGGGCGUUCUCAAAGCGGCUGCAUGCAUUGGUGGGGUUGUGUCUUGAGCUCCUUGUCCCCUUGUGAUGCCGGGAGGAGCAGUUCGCCAGCCUAAGUCCCGAGGUGGUUGCUAUUGGAUGCGGCUCCAAAUGGCAGUUCCUCAUUAGGCAACGUCACCCCUCCACGGCGGCAGAACUUAGAGCUUCCAUUGCCCAGCC